UGCAGUGAGAUUAUCACAUGCACAGCCAGUGUUGUUCGUUGUGAUGUGUCCCCUCACGUACUCAGCCACCUAGGCAGCUAUCGCCUUCUCAUCCCGACAAUGCAUGACGUCAGGGGCGCCCUCUCUAUCGCCUAUUGGCCGGUCGCCUCCCUUGCUGUAGUCGUCAAUGGCAAUCGCCGUUGUCGUGUGUGCCGUGGAAGUGGAGAGCAUGGAUCGGUAGGGCGGAAUGCGCCCAUGGGCCGGCUCUGCUGUCGUCUGGACGCACUCACCAGCUGCCCCCUUGUUUUGCUCCGAGUCGAUGUCAUUCUCGUGAUGGUCGCCCAAAGCAUCCAUUGUUUGCUGCUGUGAGAAUCUGAUGUCGUCGCCCUCUUCUCCAGAUGGCUCGAUGGCAUCGCCAGCCGACGGUGGGAGUGUCGCAGUUCCACGCUCUGGUGAGAGAGGACAGAUAAAAUGAUUCUGGUGCUCCCCAGACAUGGUGAAGAAGGGAAAGAAAGAAAGAAAGAGAGAGAGAGAGAGAGAGAGGGAGAG